UUCGCUUCCCCGGCUGCCGUGAGCGGAGCUCUCCCGCUCACCGCCCGCGGCGCUGCCUGCCUGCCUGCCGAGUGGUCGGUCGGCCCCGGUCCCUCAGGCUCUCUCCGUCUCUGUCACUGCCCGCUGGCAGCAGGCCUGGCCGCUCCCACGAGGAGCGAGCUUCUCCUCAGGGCCAUGUCCAGGCCGAGCAGCGUCUCGCCGCGUCCUCCGGCUCCUGGCGGAGGCGGCAGCGGAGGCGGCGGCGGCGGCCCCGCUUCGUGUGGUCCUGGAGGCGGCGGCCGGGCCAAGGGGCUCAAAGACAUUCGUAUCGACGAGGAGGUGAAGAUCGCCGUCAACAUCGCUCUGGAGCGCUUCCGAUAUGGUGACCAGCGAGAAAUGGAAUUUCCUUCUUCUUUGACCAGUACAGAAAGAGCCUUUAUUCACCGACUGAGUCAGUCUCUUGGUUUAGUUUCUAAAAGUAAAGGAAAGGGAGCCAAUAGGUACCUAACUGUGAAGAAGAAAGAUGGAUCAGAAACAGCCCAUGCAAUGAUGACCUGUAAUUUGACUCACAAUACAAAACAUGCUGUUAGAAGCCUAAUUCAGAGAUUUCCUGUCACCAAUAAAGAGCGUACUGAACUUCUACCUAAAACAGAAAGAGGAAAUGUGUUUGCAGUUGAAGCUGAAAACCGAGAAAUGAGCAAGACAAGUGGGCGACUUAACAAUGGCAUACCUCAAGUUCCCGUGAAAAGGGGAGAGUCCGAAUUUGAUGCUUUCAGGCAGUCUUUACCAGUUUUUGAGAAACAAGAAGAAAUUGUUAAAAUAAUAAAAGAGAAUAAAGUAGUUUUGAUUGUAGGAGAAACUGGGUCUGGAAAGACUACACAGAUUCCUCAGUUCCUAUUAGAUGAUUGCUUUAAGAAUGGCAUUCCCUGCCGAAUAUUUUGUACUCAGCCAAGACGAUUAGCUGCUAUUGCUGUGGCUGAAAGAGUUGCUGCCGAGAGAAGGGAAAGAAUUGGUCAAACAAUUGGUUAUCAGAUCCGAUUAGAAAGCAGGGUUUCUCCAAAGACACUUUUGACAUUUUGCACUAAUGGGGUAUUGCUUCGUACAUUGAUGGCAGGUGAUAGCACAUUGUCAACUGUGACCCAUGUCAUUGUGGAUGAAGUGCAUGAAAGGGAUCGGUUCAGUGAUUUUUUACUUACAAAAUUAAGAGAUUUGUUGCAAAAACACCCAACUUUGAAACUAAUUCUUUCUAGUGCUGCCUUGGAUGUGAAUCUCUUCAUAAGAUAUUUUGGAAGUUGUCCAGUGAUAUAUAUACAGGGAAGACCAUUUGAAGUAAAAGAAAUGUUUCUGGAAGAUAUUUUAAGAACUACUGGAUAUACCAACAAAGAAAUGUUAAAGUACAAAAAGGAAAAGCAACGAGAAGAGAAACAGCAGACCACACUCACAGAAUGGUACUCAGCUCAAGAGAAUACUUUCAAGCCUGAGUCUCAGAGACAGAGAGCUGUUGCAAGUGUGUCUGAAGAGUAUGAUUUAUUAGAUGAUGGAGGUGAUGCUGUCUUUAGUCAGCUGACAGAAAAAGAUGUGAAUUGCCUUGAACCAUGGUUAAUCAAAGAAAUGGAUGCUUGCCUUUCUGACAUAUGGCUACAUAAAGAUGUUGAUGCUUUUGCUCAGGUCUUUCAUCUUAUUUUAACUGAAAAUGUUAGUGUUGAUUACAGACAUAGUGAGACCAGUGCCACAGCUCUGAUGGUUGCCGCUGGACGGGGUUUUACGAGUCAAGUAGAACAGUUAAUUAGUAUGGGAGCCAAUGUCCACAGUAAAGCAUCAAAUGGCUGGAUGGCUUUAGAUUGGGCUAAGCACUUUGGACAAACUGAAAUUGUGGAUCUUCUAGAAUCUUACAGUGCUUCAUUGGAAUUUGGAAAUCUAGAUGAAAGUUCUUUGGUUCAAACAAAUGGAAAUGACCUCAGUGUAGAAGACAGAGAGCUGUUGAAAGCUUACCAUCAUAGUUUUGAUGAUGAAAAGGUAGACUUGGAUUUGAUCAUGCAUCUUCUAUACAAUAUCUGCCAUAGUUGUGAUGCUGGUGCAAUAUUAAUUUUUCUACCUGGAUAUGAUGAAAUUGUUGGUUUGAGGGAUCGUAUCCUGUUUGAUGACAAGCGGUUUGCUGACAAUACACAUAGAUAUCAAGUCUUUAUGCUCCAUUCAAAUAUGCAGACAUCUGAUCAAAAGAAGGUAUUAAAAAAUCCACCUGCAGGUGUCCGAAAAAUAAUCCUUUCCACCAAUAUUGCUGAAACAAGCAUCACUGUCAAUGAUGUUGUCUUUGUUAUUGAUUCUGGUAAGGUGAAGGAGAAAUCCUUUGAUGCACUGAAUUUUGUUACAAUGUUAAAAAUGGUAUGGAUUUCCAAAGCUAGUGCCAUACAGCGCAAAGGCAGAGCUGGACGAUGUAGACCUGGAAUUUGUUUCCGUCUGUUUAGUAGACUCCGAUUUCAGAACAUGCUGGAAUUUCAGACUCCAGAGCUCUUGAGAAUGCCUUUGCAGGAACUUUGUUUACAUACUAAAUUGUUAGCCCCUGUUAAUUGUACCAUUGCUGACUUCCUUAUGAAAGCCCCUGAACCACCUCCAGCUUUAAUUGUAAGAAAUGCUGUUCAGAUGCUUAAGACAAUAGAUGCAAUGGAUGCGUGGGAAGACCUGACUGAGCUUGGGUAUCAUUUGGCUGAUUUGCCAGUAGAGCCACAUCUCGGUAAAAUGGUCCUGUGCGCUGUUGUUUUAAAGUGUCUGGACCCCAUCCUAACAAUUGCCUGUACGCUAGCUUAUCGCGACCCUUUUGUACUGCCUACCCAGGCCUCUCAAAAACGUGCAGCUAUGCUUUGUAGGAAACGGUUUACUGCAGGGACUUUCAGUGACCACAUGGCACUUCUCAGAGCAUUCCAGGCAUGGCAGAAAGCACGAAGUGAUGGUUGGGAGCGAGCUUUUUGUGAAAAGAAUUUUCUCUCACAAGCUACUAUGGAAAUCAUUAUAGGCAUGAGAACACAGUUGCUUGGUCAGCUUAGAGCAUCAGGUUUUGUUAGAGCACGAGGUGGUGGUGACAUUCGAGAUGUUAACACAAAUUCCGAGAACUGGGCCGUUGUUAAAGCUGCAUUGGUAGCAGGCAUGUAUCCUAAUUUAGUCCACGUGGACAGAGAGAAUGUAGUAUUGACAGGGCCAAAGGAGAAAAAAGUACGAUUUCAUCCCACUUCAGUUCUCAGUCAGCCUCAGUAUAAAAAGAUUCCUCCAGCCAAUGGUCAGGCUGCAGCGAUUCAGGCAUUGCCCACAGAUUGGCUUAUUUAUGAUGAAAUGACCAGAGCCCAUAGAAUUGCUAAUAUCAGGUGUUGUUCAGCAGUGACACCUGUUACUGUCCUGGUGUUCUGUGGACCAGCAAGGCUGGCAAGUAAUGCUCUUCAGGAACCUUCAUCCUUUAGAGCGGAUGGCAUUCCCAAUGAUAGUAGUGACAGUGAAAUGGAGGACAGAACCACUGCUAAUCUGGCUGCUUUGAAACUUGAUGAGUGGCUUAAUUUCAAAUUAGAACCAGAGGCUGCCAGUUUAUUGCUGCAGCUCAGACAGAAAUGGCAUAGCUUGUUUUUACGUCGAAUGAGAGCUCCAUCUAAACCUUGGUCUCAAGUAGAUGAAGCUACUAUACGAGCAAUUAUAGCUGUUUUAAGCACUGAAGAACAGUCUGCAGGUUUACAGCAACCGUCUGGAAUUGGCCAGAGGCCAAGACCCAUGUCUUCAGAAGAACUUCCUUUGGCUUCCUCUUGGAGAUCCAAUAACAGUAGGAAAAGUUCAGCUGACACCGAGUUUGCUGAUGGAUCCACUACUGCAGAAAGAGUACUGAUGAAAUCUCCAUCUCCAGCCUUACAUCCACCUCAGAAGUACAAAGACAGAGGAAUUUUACAUCCUAAACGGAGCACUGAUGACCGAUCAGAUCAAUCAUCUGUGAAAUCUACAGACAGCAGCAGUUACCCAAGUCCUUGUGCUAGUCCCUCUCCUCCAUCCUCAGGGAAGGGCUCAAAAUCUCCUUCACCAAGACCAAACAUGCCUGUUCGUUACUUUAUAAUGAAAAGUAGCAAUCUGAGAAACCUGGAAAUUUCUCAACAGAAGGGUAUCUGGUCUACAACUCCGAGUAAUGAGCGGAAGCUAAAUCGAGCCUUUUGGGAGAGCAGCAUGGUUUACUUGGUAUUUUCUGUUCAAGGAUCUGGACAUUUUCAGGGAUUUUCUAGGAUGUCUUCUGAGAUAGGAAGAGAGAAGAGCCAGGACUGGGGUUCAGCUGGACUAGGUGGAGUAUUUAAAGUAGAGUGGAUACGCAAAGAAAGCCUGCCCUUUCAGUUUGCACACCAUUUGCUCAAUCCUUGGAAUGACAACAAGAAAGUGCAGAUAAGCAGAGAUGGGCAGGAGCUAGAACCUCAGGUUGGUGAACAGUUGCUCCAGUUAUGGGAACGUCUUCCAUUGGGAGAAAAAACGACAGCUGAUUGACAUUGACAUUCAGAACUCCUGGCUGUAGAAGAGCAUUAUGCCUCUUGUAACUACUGAGUGCACUGACUUGUUGAAAACCUUGAUGAGAUGUUGUGUGUCAUGAAUGGGUUUUGUAACUUAGCGUGUUACUUCAGAAUCAUCAUUUUCAUAUAGAGGAAAAGAUCAUUUAAAUUUUUGUAGUGAUUUUAGGCAAUGACUAUAUAAUGUUAAUUAUAUGUUUCUGAUGAACGAAAUAGCAAUUUUGAUAUUUGAUAUAACAUCACUUAAUUUAAUUUAAAUGUAAAGAUUUCUUUAAAAUAUUCAGUUGAUUAUGACAACUUUUUAUUUUUUAUUUAUUUUUUAUUUUUUGUUUUUGUUUUUCUGGACAGGAUUUCUUUGUGUAG